CCAUGAAAGUGCUCAAAACAUCCAUUCUCAUCAUCUUCCUCUUAGUUUUCGUGAAUGGGGUUGUAUCAUCUCCCCCUGAUGACCCCGUCAAGUGCACUGCCAACAACACAAACUGCGUCAUCACUAACUCUUAUGGCGCCUUCAACGACCGGAGCACUUGCAGAGCAUCCCAAGUAAUGUACCCAAACACCGAGCAGGAGCUUAUUUCCAUGGUGGCUUCAGCAUCAAAAUCCAACACAAAAGUGAAAGCAGCGACGAGAUAUUCCCACAGCAUGCCCAAGCUUGCUUGCCCCGGAGGCCAUGAGGGUAUCAUAAUAAGCACCAACAAGCUCAACCAUGUAGUGAAUGUUGAUGUAGUUAACAGAAGGAUGACGGUAGAGAGUGGGGUGCUUCUGAGAGACCUGAUCAAUGAGGCGGCCAAGAAUGGGUUGGCGUUGCCGUAUACGCCGUACUGGUGGGGACUGACGGUGGCGGGACUGUUGGCGACGGGGGCUCACGGCAGCUCGCUGUGGGGAAAGGGAAGUGCGGUUCAUGAGUAUGUGGUGUCCAUGAGGAUUGUGACGCCGGCGACGGCGGAAGAAGGGUAUGCGAAGGCGAGGAGCCUGAAUGAGUCAGAUGAAGAACUUGAUGCAGCCAAGGUGUCGCUUGGGGUUCUUGGGGUUGUUUCUCAGGUAACGUUACAGUUAGAACCCUUGUUUAAGCGAUCGCUUGCGUACGUGAUGAAGAAUGAUUCAGAUUUGGGAGAGGAAGUGAUUAGAUUUGGGAAAGAGCACGAGUUUGGUGAUGUGACAUGGUUACCCACACAAAAGAAGGCACUGUACAGAGUUGAUGAUCGAGUGCCCAUUAAUCAGCCUGGACAUGGUCUCUAUGAUACCCUUGGAUUUCGUCACACUCCGACUAUUCAAUUAGCUUCUGCCAGAGCCACAGAGGAAUUGAUUAGAUUUGGGAAAGAGCACGAGUUUGGUGAUGUGUCGUGGUAUCCUACACAAAAGAUGGCCGUGUUCAGACUUGAUGAUCGAGUGCCCAUUAGUCAGAAUGGAAAUGGUCUUUAUGAUUCCAUCGAAUUUCGUGCCACUCCCUCUGCUCAAUUAGCUGCUACCAGAGCCACAGAGGAACUUCAAGAAGCAACAGGGGACGCUAAUGGAAAAUGCGUGGACGCAGUAAAUGUGACUUGGUCUGAUUUCACGGAGGCUUAUGGUUUGACUAACAACGGUAAAAUCUUUACUGGGUACCCCGUGAUUGGACAAAACAAUCGCAUGCAAACAACUGGAUCAUGCCUAUUUAGUAAAGAAGACGGACUGCGCACCAUAUGCCCCUUCGAUUCAAGACUAAAACUUUAUUUUUUCCACGAAACAUCCAUCACCGUCCCCUUGUCCAAGGUUUCAAGCUUCAUUAAAGAUGUGGAGAAGCUAGUUGAAUUAGAGCCAAAAGCGCUAUGUACCUUAGAGCUUAAAGGGGGCCUCCUCUUGCGCUACAUCAAAGCUUCAAGUGCUUACCUGGGAACAACAGAGGAUUCUCUGGAUUUUGAUUUCGUAUACUAUAAAAGCAAGAACCCAUUGGUUCCUAGGCUUUUUGAGGACAUUUUUGAGGAGAUUGAGCAGAUGGGGUUAUUCAAAUACGGAGCGUUACCCCACUGGGGAAAGAAUAGGAAUGUAGCAUUCCAUGAAGUGAUUAAGAAGCAUCCGAAUGCGGACAAGUUCUUAAGUGUGAAGAGGAAGUAUGAUCCACAAGGGAUUUUCUCUAGCAAAUGGACAGAUCAGAUUUUAGGAUUAAAAGGAAGUGUAAUGAUAUUCAGAGAUGGGUGUGCUCUUGAAGGUCUGUGUAUAUGCUCAGAAGAUCGUCAUUGUGCUCCAACCAGGAAAUAUUAUUGUAGGCCUGGGAAGGUUUAUAAGGAAGCCAGGGUUUGUGCUUUCGAAGGCUGAGAUUGAUAUGAAAGAAUAAAAGGCUUUUAUUGGAAGGAUGCUUCCGAUCAAAGGGCUUUUCGUGGUGUGAUAUUUCAUAUUUAAGAUGUUAUUCUCAUAGUCUUUUCUUGUAGAAUAAGGCAAUAUUGUCAUUUCCAAUAAGCGAUGCUGAUUUGAUAAAAGAACUACAUUAGUCUCUGUAAUUUAUAUAAUGUGACAUGGUACUUCUAGUUUGAUGCUGCGUUGUUUUCU